AUGGUUCAUGCUGCGGCUGAGGAGAAGGAUAUCUUUGCAAGCCCAUGGGGCAAGGUGCAUGUGGAAGAGGUUGGGCAGACGUGUUCUCGGGAACAUUUGCUCUGCCUCUGCCAUCAUGAGAAACUCCAAGUGAAGUUCCGUGGCAAGGUGUUGACUUCCUUCGGAGAAGCUACAAGGAACCUGGACGAUCUCAAGGCCACUUUUGUCCAGUUGAGUGGGCUACCCUGGGAUAUGCUACAGGCGGACCCUGAGACCUUCAGGAUGAAUCCAGGAGAUGCUCAGAUCCUCUUGUUCUGA